AGAUGGAGGGCUGGAGAUGAGGACUGAAGAUGAGGGCCGGAGAUGGAGGGCCGUAUGUUACAACACACCGUACAAGUGGGUGUAUGGUUCAGUGCCCAUCACACACAGACAUGCAGGCGCACACACAUGCACUCACACACACACACACAGUAUGCAUACAUGUGCAGUUUAUAUAAAGACAUUUCAUAUGCAUACUGCUGACUUCAAACAAGCACAUCAACAAACCCGUGGUACAGGCAGUUCUGUACAGUAUGCUUUCUCACACAGACAUACUGUACAUUCGACAAUACGGGAUUGAUAUCAAUAUCGCCUACCUACACCGUAAACAGAGAAUGAUAAUGAUAAUAAUAAUUUGUUCCUUUUUCUUUUCUUUCCUACCUGACGUGUGUCUCCAUCAUGAGGCUGGUGUGGAAGUCCCUGGACAAGAUGAGGUGUUUUCGUAAACGCUCCACCAUCCCCUUCCUGGGGGUCCUGAUCACCUGUCUUCUGUUCUUCAACCUGUACAUGGAGGAUGGAUACGUGUUGGAGGCAGGUAAAAGACAGCUGAGGGAGACAUCAAUGCAUCCUUCAAACUCUGAGAGAUAUGUUCACACAUUCAGAGACCUCACCAAUUUCUCUGGAACCAUAAACAUCACAUAUCGUUACCUCGCUGGGAAUCCACUGCCCCAAAAAAAAUAUCUAACCAUUGGACUGUCGUCCGUCAAAAGAAAAAGAGGGAAUUACCUCACGGAGACGAUCAAAUCCAUUUUUGACCAGUCCAGUUAUGAGGAGCUGAAAGAGAUUGUGGUUGUGGUCCAUCUGGCAGACUUUGACCUGGCCUGGUGUGAAAACCUGGUGCAGGACAUCUCCAGGAAGUUUGCCCACCACAUCAUCGCUGGGCGUCUCCUGGUGAUCCAUGCCCCUGAGGAGUAUUAUCCAUCACUGGAUGGGCUGAAAAGGAACUACAAUGACCCAGAUGACAGGGUACGCUUCCGCUCCAAGCAGAACGUGGACUACGCCUUCCUCCUCAACUUCUGCACCAACCUCUCUGAUUUUUACAUGAUGCUGGAGGACGAUGUACGCUGCUCAAGGAACUUCCUGACAUCCCUGAAGAAGGUGGUCACCUCCAGGGAAGGCUCCUACUGGGUGAUGCUGGAGUUCUCCAAGCUUGGCUACAUAGGGAAGCUCUACCAAUCAAGAGACCUUCCGCGCCUGGCCCACUUCCUGCUCAUGUUCUACCAGGAGAUGCCCUGUGAUUGGCUCCUUAUUCACUUCCGGGGCCUGCUGGCCCAGAAAGAUGUGAUCCGCUUCAAGCCCUCUCUAUUCCAGCACAUGGGCUACUACUCCUCAUAUAAGGGAGCAGAGAACAAGUUGAAGGAUGAUGACUUUGAAGAAGACUUUAUUGAUAUCCCUGACAACCCUCCUGCCAGCCUGUACACAAGCAUUAAUGUAUUUGAAAACUAUGAUGCCACCAAGGCUUAUAGCAGUGUGGACGAAUACUUUUGGGGGAAACCCCCCUCUACCGGAGACUUCUUUGUCAUUGUCUUUCACGAACCAACCAAAAUUAGCAAGAUCAAAAUCGUGACAGGAACGGAUGAUCGUCAGAACGAUAUCCUGCACCAUGGAGCUCUGGAAGUAGGAGAGAAGCUGGUGGGGACAAAGAGAGGAGCGCAGUGUUCUUCCUACAUCACAUUAGGGGAGUUUAAAAAUGGCAACAUUGUGGUUCAAGACGUGGAUCACAAGAUUGCCUUUGACAUUCAGUGUGUACGUAUGGUGGUGACUGGCAGUCAAAAGGAAUGGCUGAUUAUAAGGACUAUAAGUAUGUGGACUACAUAGUUUGCAAACUGAGGGCCCAUACCAUCUGGACUAAAGUGUUGAAUUAAUUUACCUAUGAAUUUAUAUACACUACAGAUCAAAAGUUUUAGAACACCUACUCAUUCAAGG